AUGUACAAUAACCUAUAUAAAUCGGAUCCCUCGUUCGUGAUAAGCACACAAAAUGCGACUUGCGCUGUUGCUCUUUAGUUGGCUUUUCUGCUUGACUUUUGGCCACAUCAAUGGAUCGCCGGCGUAUUUACCACCAAAAGCACCACUGCCUCUGCCACUUCCAGAGAGUUCCAGGCGUGCUCCACCGCCACCGCCACCACCACCAAGACCCAUACCCAGACCACCUCCUCCAAGGCCAAUACCCAGACCACCGCCACCCAGGCUAACGCCACGGCCUUCAAACCGACACCACCGCGAUUUCUUAGACCUCCUACUGCACCACCCAUUAGGAGGCCAACUAUUCCACCACCCAGACCCACCAGAAGGGUUCCCAUCACAAGGCGACCAACCAGGAGGAUCACAAAGCCACCAGUUACCCGAAGACCCACCGCCAGGCCAACUCGUCCACCUGCAGUGCGAACCACUCGAAAGUUUCUGAUCUGGUCACGGGCACCCACUAGACUGCUACCGACCAGACCAAACAUAAGGCCCACCCUGUGGACCAGACCACCAGUGCGUCCUCCAUUGCCAACGGUGCAUCCAACGCGGAUAAGAGUUGGUCCCACUCUAUGGACAAGACCUCCCAUAAGAGUCACAGUACGACCCACCCUCAGACCCACAAUCAGGCCCACAAUAAGACCCAUCAUUCGAGCCACUCUAUGGACACGACCUCCAGUAAGACCUUCAAGCCCCACACGAGGAGUCACCAACCGACCCACCUUAUGGACAAGACGACCCUUAGGAUCCACCUUGGCCACAAGGACUCCAGUUGGAGCUACGAAUCCUACAUUACCGCGAUCCACCUUAUGGACCCGACCUCAAGUUAGAACUACUAGAGAGCUUCCCACACCACGACCAAUUCGAACCACCAGAGCUCCACAUCCGGACAUAACCCGAUCCACAAGAAGUUUUAUAUUCAUAUUUCCCAGGGACACCACUUCUAUAGUUCGACGUCCAAAUUGGACUGUACAUCCAACAGGGCGUACGAGAACUACUUUAGUAGCUUGA